UAUUAUAAUGUAUUAAAAUAAUAACAGGCAUGACGUCGUGUUUGCGUCUCCUCCGCGUAUAAAUUACUCAAUAUAUCAGCUCUAUUAUUAUUAUUAUUAUUAUUAUUAAAUGCUGAGCGUUCAUUAUCACUUAUCAGCGAUAACAGUAUAACACAGUAAUAAUGGUAGAGUGCGAAUCACCACAGUUGUUGUUAUUGUGGGACGACGGCGACAACGACCGCGACUGCAGCGACCAUCAGCGCACGAAAACCUAUCGCCCGUCGAUAACUAUAUUCGUUUACCACCACUAAACCGUCGUCCACUCGUCCGUAUCAGAUCGCGCCCGCCUCGAGCCAGUUGUGGUGGUGGUGGUUCGAGUCAUCCGUGGACAGACAGUCUCUCAGUCAGACUACGACAGUCCGUCGUCGACGUGCACCGCGCACAAGUGUUAUACCGGCCGCCGUCCGUUCAGCGCCUUUGUCGCCCGUUAUAAAUUGUAUUAUUAUUAUGUGCCGCUUGAAAGUGUCCGCCGACGCACAGACAACACAGUGAACACUAUGAAAACCGUUUUGUUGUACGUUUGCGCGGCGCUCGCCGUAGCCGCGUCCGGCGUCUUGUCGCUGUCCGUGUACACCGACGACGACCGCACACCUGUAUCUCAGCCGUUCGUCGACCGGCUAGCCGAUGUGGCCCUCGACCAUGGCUCGUCCGCGUACCGUGCCAGGACCAAACGAGAGAGCUUGUCGCCGUCCAUAUUGCCCGGUGUUUCCGACGGAAACAUAACGUCCAAAGUUUUUCAUUUAAAUGAAACUCGGCAACAGUUGAUGGUACACUGGGUUGGUGAAAACUCAAAUGUUAUCAUAUGCUUGGCUCGUGAAGGCUAUCCUUCUUCAUCUGUUUACAUAUCAUAUGAUUAUGGAGAUACUUAUCUUAAUAAGACGGAAGAAUUUAAAAUAGAUGCUUCUAAAAAUCUAUAUGCUUCUAUUGACAAGUUUUACAUACAUCCUACCUUUAAAUCAUAUUGUGUGUACACAGAUGUAAUAAACCGUAAAAUAUUUACAACAACUGAUCAUAGUAAAACUAUCAAAUCCAUUCCACUGUCAUUUGUGCCCAGUGAAGUGACUUAUAAACCUGAUGCACCAAAUGUGUUUAUUGUCCAUGACAAAGUUAGCCCUACAAAACUAUUAUGGAUAACUCAUGAUUUUGGUAUCACGUGGACUAUGCUUGAAGAGCGUGUUAAAUCAUAUUUCUGGGUUCCAACUAAAUGGAAUUUGUAUAAAAGUGGACAUUCAUUGGUUAUACAACGCGAAGAAUCGGCAACUACAUCUACUGUAAUUGCUGUUUCAGAAAAUAUCAACUCUGGUCAAAAUAAUUUAUCUACUUUAGCUGUAAAUGUAUUACAAUUGAAAGCAAAAGAUGACUAUAUGUUUGUAACUGUUCAACUUUCAAAGAAUAAUUUAGAUUUAUUGGUUAGCUACAAAGGAGGGAAUUUUGUUCGAACUCGGUUUGACACGGAACUUGACAGACGUGAUUACCAUAUUGCAGAUAUUACUGCUAAUAGAAUAAUGGUUGCUGUUGCUCAUACUCGUACUUUGUCAAACUUAUAUAUAUCGGAUGUAGUACAGUCUUCUAAUCAAGACACAGUAUCAUUCAGUUUGUCACUUGAACGAGUAGUCGCAUAUUUCCCUAACAUUACAUGGACAGAAUCUUUAAUUAGUGAUUUGUGGGCUGAACCAUUUGCAGAUAUACACAAAGUUAAAGGACUUCAAGGAAUCUAUAUUGUUUCACAGGUUUCUCCUUCAAUGCAGUCAGGAAGUGUGGACAUAGGUCCAGAACAUAUUGUGACUCUUAUCAGUUUUGAUUGGGGUUUUGAUUGGAGAUUGCUUAAUGUUACGCGAUCUUUUUCUCAUUGUGAAAAGUCGGAUAACUGUUCUUUACAUCUUACUCAAAUGUUUGCUCAUGUGUAUCCUGUUACUAGAACUCAUACAUUCAUUUUAUCAUCAAAGUCUGCUCCUGGAAUUAUUAUGGCUACUGGAGUAGUUGGUAAAUCAUUAAAAGGCAAUCCUGGAGUUUUUGUCAGUAGAGAUGCUGGACUCACAUGGCGACAAGUAUUAAAAGAAAUGCAUUUUUAUAACAUUGGUGAUCACGGAGGCAUUUUGAUUGCUGUCCGAUACUACAAAGGUGAAAAAGAAGAAACUAGUCAAAUUCUUUAUUCAACUGAUGAAGGAGAAACAUGGCUUGAGAAAAAUUUCACCAACAGUAAAAUAAAAGUUUAUGAACUAAUGACUGAACCUGGGGAAAAUACUACCGUUUUUACUAUGUUUGGCUCAGUUAUGGAGAAACAUGAAUGGUUAAUAGUUAAAAUUGAUCUAAAGAACGCGUUUUCUUAUAACUGUACCAAAAAGGAUUACAAAUUUUGGUCUCCUACUACUUCAAAAGAUCAUUUAAAAACAUCUUGUGUUCUUGGUCAGACACAAAUAUUUCAAAGAAGAGCCCCUAAAGCAAAUUGUUACAAUGGAAUGAAUUAUGAUCGACCAAUUCAGACCAAGACAUGUGAUUGUGAUAUUGAAGAUUAUACAUGUGAUCAUGGAUUUACAUGGUUUUCAAAUUCUAAACAAUGUAUUAGGAAUAAAACAAGUAGCUUUGACCCUUAUCUAAUUCCGUCGUCUUGUAAACCUGGUUUAAUGUAUAAUCGUACAAAAGGUUAUCGUUUAAUACCUGGAGAUAUGUGUAAAGGUGGACGUUCAUUAGAAUUCAUACCUCAAGAAGUUCCAUGUCCAUUUGAGGAAAAGUCAGAAUUUAUUUUGGUUGCUCAAAAAGAGCGUAUUCUCAGGUUGAGUGGUAAUUUACCAUAUGUUGUAUUACCUGUAAAAAGACUUGAAAAUGUCAUUGCUAUAGAGUUUGAUGUGAAAAAUAAUUGUAUUUUUUGGGCUGAUAUUAUUACUGACACUAUUGGGCGACAAUGUUUAUCUGACGGCCAACAAGGUCCGGAAAUUUUGGUGAAUUCUGGUCUUAGUAGUGUUGAGGGAAUGGCAUAUGAUUGGAUAUCCAAACAUCUUUAUUUUGUUGAUGGUGCGUUGGCUAAGAUAGAGGUUAUACGCACUAAUACUAAGAUUCCUGGACACAUGCGCAAGACUAUACUAGGUCCUACCCAUCUUAAAAAACCUAGAGGGUUAGCAGUUCACCCUAGACUCGGUUAUUUGUUUUGGACCGAUUGGGCUGUUGGUGAAGCCAAAGUAGCAAGAGCUAAUUUAGAUGGAUCUGAUGUGAAGACAUUAAUUAGUAAUGAUUCUAUUGAAUGGCCUAAUGGACUAACUGUAGAUUAUAUAGCUGAACGAUUAUAUUGGGUGGAUGCACGCCAUGAUUAUAUUGCUUCUUGUGAUUUACAUGGAAAUAACAUUAAAAAAGUUAUAAAAAAUGAUGAAAAAGUUUCCCAUCCAUUUGCUGUAGCUGUUCUUAAAGACUGGAUCUAUUGGGAUGAUUGGAAACAAAAUUCUAUAUUUAUGUCAGAUAAAGAUCAUGGUGCUAAAAUACAAACAGUUUCUACACAUUUACCAGGAUUAAUGGAUUUAAAAGUAUAUUCUCAUAUGUCACAAAUUGAUACUAACGAAUGCUCAAAUAAUAACAAAUGCUCUCAUUUUUGUUUUGGUUUACCAAAUCAAAUGUUUUCAUGUCAAUGUCCAGAUAAUAUGAGUAAAUCUGAUAAUAGUUGUCUUUGUCCUGGUCUUAAGGAACCGUUUGCAAAUGGAACUUGUCCAUCAGCUGGCCAAACUUGUUCAGUUGAUUAUUUUCAAUGUGCUAAUGGUAACUGUGUGCCUAAAUAUUGGCAAUGUGAUGGGGAUAAUGAUUGUGGAGAUAAUUCAGAUGAAGUCAAGUGUACCAAAGUUUCAUGUGGUCCAAAUUCAUUCCAAUGUGAUAAUGGAAAGUGCAUUCCAUCAUAUUGGACCUGUGAUUUUGAUCCUGAUUGCGAGGAUAGUUCAGAUGAAAUAAAUUGCAAGUAUUCAAAUUGUUCAGUCGGACAGUUUCGUUGUAAAAAUGGCCGAUGCAUUUCAAUGCACUGGCAUUGUGAUUUAGAAGACGAUUGUCAUGAUGGUUCAGAUGAAGUUGACUGUGUAAAUAUUUCCAACAAUUCUUCGACAACUUGUCCACCAAGUAGUUUUCAUUGUCCUGGUACUGCCAAUACUUGCAUUCCAGCCAAAUGGCAAUGUGAUGGUGAAAAAGAUUGCCCCGAAGGUAAAGAUGAAAUUAAUUGUGGAAUUGACAAUUGCGAAUCUUGGCAAUUUGAGUGUGCCAACAAGAAAUGUAUAUUUGCAUCUUGGAAAUGUGAUGGAGAUGAUGACUGUAAUGAUGGACUUAAAAGUGAUGAGGUUAAUUGUUCGUCUACGACUAGACCUUAUCCUGUUGAACCAACUACUCCAUCUUUACCAUUUAUUACUAAUGGUACAUGUAGUGAAUGGUUAUUCCGUUGUAGCAAUGGAAAAUGCAUUCCUUAUUGGUGGAAAUGUGAUAAUGUAAUGGAUUGUGAAGAUGGUUCAGAUGAAGAGCAAUGUGGAACUUUAACUCCCACUAGUCCUAAAACAAAUACCUCAAUAGUCACCCCUAAGAAUAUGUGUCCUCAACAUUACUUCCAAUGCAAUAAUGGUUUAUGCAUUGAAGACUCAUGGGUAUGUGAUGAAAUUUUUGAUUGCGAUCAGGGUGAAGAUGAAACUAACUGUAAAAACAACAACUUUGUGGGUCGCUGCAAAAAUAAUAGUAGAGAAUUUAAAUGUCGUAUAUCUGGGUCAUGCAUUAGUAUUGAAAAAGUUUGUGAUGGCACCCCACAAUGUCCAGAUGCUAGUGAUGAAAUGUUUUGUACCAAUAAUAACCAAACUCCUGGAACACCAAGCUGUGGAAUGGGUCUAUUCCCAUGUGAUGGCAGCAGAUGUAUACCAGCAUCAAGACGAUGUAAUAAACAUAAAGAUUGUUAUGAUGGUACUGAUGAAGAGUAUUGUGAUACAAUAAACAAUACUUUAAGUAUACAAGUGUCUUUAAUGUUUAUUGAUGAACACGAAACAACUUCAAAUUCUCUGUCUUUAUAUUGGGCGGCACCAAAAAAUUUGAGUUUGGAAUAUUUACCGUCUAUCAGUGAAUCCCGAAUGCCAGAAACAUGUGUUAAUAAGACAUGGGUAUCGACGACUAAUUAUAAGUUUACAUCACUCAAACCAUACACUGCAUAUAAUAUGACUGUUUUUGUCCGUCAAAAAAAAGUACCUAAUACCAUCUAUCCACCUGCUUUUUUCAUACUAGCAUCAACAGCUGAAGGCGUUCCAAGUGCUCCUCUGAAUGUAAUAGUUAAACAAGUAAAUGCUGAAGAAGUUUUGGUAACUUGGACUAGACCAGAAAAUCCAGCUGGUCGCAUUUCGUCUUACAAUGUUUAUGUUGAGCCACCUCACCCAGCUAUGGUUUUGUCUGUCGAAGCUGAUUAUAAUAAUGUUACACAAUCAUACCCUGUCCGAUCAUCAUUAUAUCGUUUAAAUAUUGAAUAUAGUUUUUGGGUUACAGCCAAGCUAUCAGAGUAUGAAUCUGAACAUUCUGCAGUUAAAAGGUUCCAUUUCGAUGAGGAUUCUUUAGUGGAUGUCAAUCUAAAAUUAAAUGUUACUACAAGAACAGAAAAUAGCAUCACUGUAUCUUGGGAAAGUGUUGAACACGCUGAUGGUUUUACUAUUGUUUCUUCGGCACCAAUUAAAGAAGGCCCAUAUCCCAAUUCUAUUCAGUCAUUUAACAUAUCAAACAAUAAUAAUGCAUUAAAGUUUACAGUUACUAAACUAUCACCUGGUGUAACAUACACAAUAAAUGUAAUACCAUACAAUAAGCGAUACAUUGGUAUGAAAUAUACAAUUGUAACAAAAACUGAUGGUCAACCAUUACCAUCUGUAACAAAUAUAACCGGCUCUUUGGUCAAUAUAAAAGAUAAAAAAGAGUCAACAAUUAGAGUACAAUGGAAUGCACCUAAACAGUAUGGAAAGACUAAGUGGCUCUAUGGAGUUUAUUGGGGCACCAAUGCUAAUGACCUUCUUAGUGGGCCAAAGUAUAAUACUUCAGCAACUAUAGCCAUUCUCAUCAACAUUGAAUCUUGCACAUCACUUAUGAUUGAUGUUGGUGUCAUUGGUCCCAAUGGUAUUGGACCAUUAUCUAAGAGACCCUUUACUAUUAUAACACCAUUUGAUCCAACUGUACCACCUAAAGACAUACAAAUUGAACAGCUAGAACACUCAAACCAACCAAUGAUUCUUAUAAGCUGGAAAGCAUCUUGUCACCCAGUUCAGCAGUCUUACAAAGUAAGUAUUUUGGAAUCCAAUAAAAAUAAAAAUUUUGAAUUCAUUGUUCCAAAUGUGUCCGAUACCGAAGCUACAUUGCAUUUUUCCGUUCAUUACGGUGGCAAUUACUUUAUUCGUAUAUCAACCAUGACACCAAAUGCUGUCCCAUCAUCAUUAAUUAAUUAUCGGGCACCAGAAUUGCCUUCUCCACAUCAGGUUAAGGUGUUCAGUAUGCCUGAUGGUCAUUAUGAAAUAUAUUGGCAUAAACCUAACAUAUCAUUUCUACUUAAGGCACCGGCUGUGCAUUAUUUGGUACAUAUGUCUGAGGGCAGUGAAUUGAAUGUCACAACUGCCAAGACCUAUCAAGCUGAAGAUAGUCCAUUUAUUAUCAUUGAUCCGCCAACAAGUAACCAAUUGUCAGUGGCUGUUCAACUGGCAACAAAUGAAGGUUAUGUAUCUAAAAUGUCCGAAGUGUUCUCAUUUAUACCUCAAAAUGUUGAUAGUCUAUCUUCAGAAGUGGUCGUUGUUGGUGUCAAUACCGGUUGGAUGUCUAUGAUUUUGGUUUUAUUAGUUAUAGGAUUAUCUGCAGGUCUAACAUAUUUCGUUGUUAGACAUCGGAACCUACAAAAUAGCUUUGUGCAAUUUGCCAAUAGUCGAUAUGAUACACGGUCGGGAUCAGCUACUUUUACUGGAGUUGAUAGUCUUGAUGAUGAGCCAGCAGUUCAAGGCUUUUCAGAUGACGAGCCACUAGUCAUUACUUAAAAAUUAUCAACUGAUCGUUCCGUCAUCUGUGAUAAAGCGUAACCAUUUAUCUCAAUCCAAGUGACAUAUUAUUUUAUAUUUAUUAGAAUAUAACAUAGAAGUCAACUUCUUUAUAUUAUUAUUACUUUACUUAAAUUCUAAUGCUGUAACUGUUUAUUUUUUACUUUAAAAUAUGUAAUUGUAUCCCCUAUUUUAUACUUUUAAUUUAAUUUAAUUUUUCUUAACUUUACUGUUUGCCUAUAGUUUAAUUUUAUCAUCUCUAAGUGAAAAACAAUUACAUAAUUUAUACUUAGGAUUUAGGACAAAAUCAUAAUUAUCCCAUUGCCUAAAUAAUUGUAACCCAUCUCAAGUGGUGUCAAAGUGGAAAAAUAAAUGUAGAACAAAAUAUCAAAAAUCCACACACUCAUUAAAACUAAUACCAAAAAAAUUAAAAAUGUUUUCUUUGAGAAGAAUAGUUAAGAACUUAAAAAACAAAUUGAUAGGACAAAUAUCCAAUGAAUGGGUUUGGCGCCACUAUUUUCUUUCUAACUACCUAUCUGUAAAAAUCGAAAAUAUUGAAGUAAUUGCUAAUAUUAUAUUUAAAAUUAGUAGGUCAUUUAAAAUACAAUUGUUAUAAUUUCAAUACGAUAUGUGGUAUCAAUAAAUUAUGUCCUGAAAAUAACUAUGUCAAUAAUCCAUUUUGUUACCAUACGCAUGUUGUAAAUAUUAUUUUAAAAACAAUUGUUAUUGUUUGAUUUGAAGUGACUUCUGUAAUUCUUUAAAAACCUUUGCUAAAUUACAUUUUAUUUAUUUAUACUCAGUUGUUAUAAGUAUAAUCAAUGUAUCAUUUUAUUGUUUUAUAUUGAGUUUAAAAAGUCAAUUUUAAUAACUAAAAAUAAUUAAUAUUAAAAAUUACAAAUAACUUGAAUUCAACUUGAAUUCUCAGCGUAUUAUACUCUAUCUUUCAACAAAUACAAAACUUUCUAUGAUCAAAAAAA